GUGCCCUCCACAGCUGCGAGUGUGACUUGUUUGGAGUGACACUCGGCAGUGAAGUGGGAGUGGGUACGGAUUGGUUUGGGAUUGAGCCUUUGAGUCAAUCCGCAGCCUGUGGUCCACAGCUGACCCAUUUAGGACACCUCUCUGACUAAAGGCUGGUAUUACUCCUGUUGCUAUAGAAACCACAAUGAACGUAAGGUUUUGGAGGGGGAGUGCGGGUCUCCUCAUACUGUGGUCCUGUCUGCACUCUGCACACUCGCAGGGCUGCUCGUCGUCUUUCUGCCAAAAAUCUCAUCAAGACCAAUAUCGAGACAGCGGCCUGAAUGGAGUCAACCCAGGGUCUCCUCUCUUCCUCACUCCGUACCUGGAGAAUGGUGCCAUAGAUGAAGCCAGGAAACUGAGUCUGGUAGGAGAUCUGCCAGGUGCCAACGUCAAGAGUUAUGCUGGGUACCUCACUGUCAACAAGACAUACAACAGCAACCUCUUCUUCUGGUUCUUCCCUGCACUGAUGGCAAACCAAGAUAAAGCUCCAGUCCUGCUGUGGCUGCAAGGUGGGCCUGGUAGCACCUCCAUGUUCGGCCUCUUUGUAGAACACGGACCAUAUGUGGUGAAUAAAAACAUGACUGUCAGUUUGAGGGAUUACGCCUGGACAAAGAAAUAUUCGGUUUUGUACAUCGACAAUCCAGUUGGAACCGGUUUCAGCUUCACCGAUGAUGAUCAAGGUUUUGCUCAAAACCAGGAUGAUGUCGGCAGAGAUCUGUACAGUGCCCUAACACAGUUCUUCCAGAUCUUUCCUGAGUAUCAGUCCAAUGAGUUUUAUGCAACCGGCCAGUCUUAUGCAGGGAAGUAUGUUCCUGCCGUUUCUUACUACAUCCAUAAAAACAACCCCACUGCCAAAGUGAAAAUUAACUUGAAGGGGAUGGCCAUUGGUAAUGGGCUCUGCGAUCCAGAAGUGAUGCUGGGUGGUUAUGGUGAGUUCAUGUUCCAAACAGGCAUGAUAGACGAACUACAACAACAGUAUGUGGACCAGCAGACAGAGCUCACAGUUAAACUCAUCCAGCAAGAGAAGUGGCUGGAGGCUUUUCAGGUUUUUGACAGCUUGCUGAAUGGUGAUGUGAAUCCAUAUCCUACCUUCUUCCAAAAUGCUACUGGCUGCAGCAACUACUACUUCAACUACCUGGCAUGUCAGCAUCCUGAAGACUAUCGGUACUACUCGCAUUAUGUGACUCUGCCAGCGGUGCGACGCGCCAUCCAUGUGGGGAACCUAACAUUCCAUAACAGCGUGGAGGUGGAGAAGCACCUUCUGCAGGAUUUCUUGAAGAGCAUCAAACCGUGGCUUGGGGUGCUGAUGGAUAACUAUAGGGUCUUAAUGUACAGUGGUCAGCUUGAUGUAAUUGUUGCGGCUCCACUGACUGAGAGGUUCCUGCCUACUGUCAACUGGACCGGGGCAGCUGAGUACAAAACAACCCCACGCUUCCACUGGAAGGUUCAGCCCAGCGACACAGAGGUGGCUGGUUAUGUGAGACAAGUGGGAGAGUUUUACCAGGUAAUCAUCCGAGGAGGAGGACACGUUCUGCCUUACGACCAACCGGAGAGGACCUUUGACAUGAUUGACAGAUUCCUUUCAACACGAGGCUGGAUAUAAAGUGUUUUGGUGCUAUAUACAUAUAUUUUUGUGGCUGAUUCAGGUAGGACUGAUCUCUGAUGCACUGCAAGCAAAAUAAUUUCUGUUAUUAAAUUGCUGCCCACAUCAGCAUUUCAAAAAGUAAA